AUGGGGUCUGGAAUCUCGGCGGACAAGAUAUUAUCCAUACUCAAGGAGAGGCAACUCAUCGCCAAGAAGGACGCGAUUGAAUCUGCUUUGGAGGAUCCGGCUACUGGUUACAACAAUGCGGAGUGGGUGUCGAGGCAUCUGCAGCCGGAGACUCUACUCUCCAGAGAGGAACUGCACUUAUAUACCAAGCUCGAGAGUAUGGGCCUCCUCCAGCCCAUUCUGCGCUCCCCCAGCCUGAACGCGACGCGCCCCUUUCUAGAGGACGACAUCCGAACGGCGAUCGAAUCCUUCGAGUCAUCGACAACUACUAUUCAGAGACAGACAGAAGCACUCUCACUACAAUGCGAGACUCUCAAAAGCCAGUUGCGACGGCAAAGAAACUUGGAUCAAGAACGAAGUCGGGACCUCGGACGGCUGCGGAAGAAACAUGAAGUUGGGAGGCAGAACACGACAAUUGCGGCCAACGAGCUUUCCGACGAGCUAGAGACAAGGUUCAGAAAUGCGACGGACAAAACGGGGGCAGAAAACAAACGCAUCCUCUCCUCGCUGUCUACUCAACUAAAGCAAGAUGAUAAGGUACUUGCGAGUCUAGAGGCCCUCAUAGCCGGCAUUAAGUCUAAUAGCAGCGAUGCAUCUACCGUCAAGCGGACCGCUGAUCUGAGUGCAAUGCUGGCUGAGACCACUGCACAAGAGAUCCACUACCGCUUAGACCGAUUGUAUCUGGAAGCAAUACAAUCGAGCAAGUCAGACUAUGGCCAAGUGGCUGUAGAAGACGAAACAUUCUCAGCACUUGAAGAAGAACUGGAAUCAUUAUAUCCUGAAAUUGAGAUCCUGGCCGAAAUGUCCACGAAGCAACAAUACCAUGAACCCAUUCUUCGAGAGAUUCACCGUGAACAAGGACAACUUCGGGCAGCGUCGCAGCAAAGGUUGGAACGGACACUUGAUACCUUGAUUGACAUGACUCUGUCCAGGCAGACAUUGACGAAGCAACUUGGGGCCCGCGAAUCUUCAUGUGAAUUAUUAGAGCAGCUCGCUUCACUAUAUCAGGCCGAAGCAGCCAUUGCUCUGGUGUCUCAGACGUCUUCUCGACGGGAAUCCCUCCGACGGCGGUCAAUACAGCCUGGUGCUAUCUUUGCGGCCAGUCACAACCCGGCUCCGGCACCAGAACAGCCCGUUCUGGAGAGCCUCCUGCGCCGUGUCGGGGUUUCUCCCGAAUCUGUACUUCGGCCACGUGCGGAGGGCGGCAGUGCUCAAGAACUCCACGAGAAGCGGAUGCACUUGUCGGAAACAUUACGGAGUUUCGGGGCAGCAGUAGAAUCACCUUUGGCGGCACAGCUAGCUCCGGUGGACAAUGCAUCCCAACUUCUGUUCUCCUCAUUGAAGACCGAUUCGCACUUUGAAACGUCACUGCGCGACCCCGGUCAAGAAGAAGCAUUAUCAGGCCUACAGGCCCAACUUGCCCAACUUCAAAGAGGCGUGCAAGGGCUCGAUUUGGAAGUACUCCACCAGCGAGACAAGGCACAAGAUAGAUUCCUCGAGCGAUGGAGCUAG